UGCGUCUAUUCUAUCACAUUUUUCCUUUGCCAAUACCACAUUCUUCCAUCUCCUUAACCAGCGCCGCCAAUCCUCCCCUGCACAUCUUAACGUGCGCAGCUACAAUGGCUCUGAGGAUGGCGACGCUAAAAAGCGCCGGGGAGAAGAUGGGGUGUGCAUUCGGACUCAGAAGGUGGACCCACUCCAUCGCCCUACCUCCGCCGCUUGAUACUCCGAUGAGUCACACCACCGUCUCAUCACCGUUGGUCUUGCCUGAACACGGCCAUGACUCCAUUAACAACAACAACAACAACAACGUUGGAUUCGAAUUCCCAAGUUUCUGUUUCGGUGGUGGAUCUAUGGAGCUCAUGGCUGUCCCCAAGAGGAAGGUUUCUCCGCACAAGAGAGGCAUAAGGAAUGGACCAAAGGCUUUGAAACCUGUUCCAGUGAUCAUCCGCUGCAAGAGUUGUGGUCGAGUGAAGCUACCACACUUCUAUUGUUGCAGUGGAGAUAGGGGAAAUACUGGUGAAAGGAACGGUUCAUCCAGUUGAUUUAAGCCUGUUGCUUUUUAAUUCAACGAUUCACAUAAAACUAAAUCCGCAGGUUUUGUUGUCUUCCAUUACAAGCUUAGAACAUCAUGAGAUUGUAUUAGAAGUCAAUCGCCAUUUUCUUGUUGGGAUUUAGGUUUUUAUUGGCUAUAUCCUCUAUUCUAUAUAUCAUUUUCUUUUUAUCAAA